AUGAAUUUAGACGAAAAUGAAUCGCUUUCUGAAAAACACGAAAAAAACUUUGGAAUAACUGAAUCCCAUCCUAUUGUAGAAGAUAUUGGGAAUAUCACCUUAAAAAACUCUGAAAAUAUACGAAGUUCUCCUAGAAGAUAUAAAAAUGAAGGUGAAGAUACAGGGCAUAGAUGUAAGUUUGUUGCUGUUGAUUAUCCUAAAAAUGUGAAUGACUUCUCUAUGCAAGCACUAGAAUCUCUUAAGAAUAUUCGCAGUUACGUCAGUACUACAGUUCACAAUACGAAUCGUUCUGUUACGAAAACUGCGCAAACUUUAAAAUCAAUGAUUGCGAAAAAUAACUUCCUAGAUUAUAUAAUCAACAGCAAGAAAAACAGCAAUAUAGUGAAUCUGGAGAAAGAAGUAAAAGCUCCUUGGGUCGGGACAACUAACGAAGAAGAGGCAAAGAAAUUAAUUUUAUCAUUGUCAGAAAAUCGGAAACUGUUCUUGAGAAAGCCACCAGAAGGUGUGUUUGAAUUCAAUUUAGAUGAAAAUUUACCAAUUGCAAAGAUGCUUUUGGAAGAAGAUAUUCGUCUUCAAAAACUGAGAUUUGAACUCGUUCCGAAAUGCAUUAAAGAAGAUGAAUUCUGGAGAAAUUAUUUUUAUCGAAUCAAUUUGAUUAAGAAGUCUUUCAGCAUGAGUCACUCUAAACUUAAAACUGAAAGCGCAAACUCAAAAGGAUGUCUUGCACAGGAAAAUCCAAAAAAAUUAGUAAAAAAUGCUAAUGACGAAAUUCAUGACUACUCGGAUAAAGAUAAUAUGGAACAAAUGAAUAUGAAAAUCGAAAACAGUUUCGAAGGAAAUGAAGAAAAACCGCAAAAAGACGACAGCUUCGAGAAUAUAUUAGAGACAGAAAUUGAAGAAUUGAAUUCUUUUAUUUAUUCGGAUGAUACUGGAGAAAAAAUUGAAAAUAGUGAUUGGGAAAAAGAACUAGAAGAAAUACUGGAAGAAUCUGCAGAAUAUAACUGA